UUAUCGAUCUGAUUAUGUCCCCUUGGUUGUUGUAACUAUGGCUGAAUAAAUUUUUGUUAACUGUGACAGUUUGUUUGGCUUAAAUUAUAAAACUAGAUCUAGAUUCUAGAUCUGAAUAUGUUUUUUUCUCAUCAUGAAUUCAUAACAGAUAUCUAGAUCUAGAGGCUAGUCUAGUCAACAUAAUUUUCGGCAUGCUACUGCUACAAUCAUGAGAAGAGUCAUGGCAGCUGCGGCAUCUGCUAGCUAUAAACUGAAAGGCCAAAUUAGGACAGAGGGUUUGGACAAAUCACCAUCAUUAAGUCCUAGCCCACCUAGAGCCAGGCGCUAUGGGACCAAUGGUCGAAGUGGGAAUCAGUCAGACUCUGAUUCUGGAAUAACUGCUGCCAUGCAUGACUUAAACCUAGGACAACGAUCCAGAACACCGCCAAAGCAAUUUGAAACUCGGAGAACAUUUGGCUCAAAUGGCAACUGCAUGAUACUGAGAAAUUUACGUGACGUGGCUAAUAUGUUGAAAGAGGAACAAGCGAAAAAUGUUGUCAUUGUGGCGGGAGCUGGAAUUUCAACUCCUAGCGGCAUUCCUGACUUCAGAACUCCUGGUACGGGGCUAUACGACAACCUACAGCGCUAUAACGUACCAUAUCCAGAAGCCAUCUUUGACAUUGAUUUCUUUCAUCAUAAUCCUCAUCCAUUUUUUGCCUUGGCCAAAGAGCUGUAUCCAUCAGGGAAGUAUCGACCAAACUACAUCCAUUACUUUGCCAGACUGCUGAAUGACAGGGGUAUGCUGCUGAGAAUGUACACACAAAACAUUGACGGGUUAGAAAGAUUGGCUGGAGUUCCUCCAGAUAAACUAGUGGAGGCUCAUGGAACAUUCUCUGCUGCAACGUGUGUGGUGUGCCAUGAGAAAUACAGAGGAUCUGAAAUUAAAGAUUCCAUCUUUGAUGACAAACUUCCGAAGUGCAAAAAGAGAGGUUGUUACGGAAUCAUCAAACCAGAUAUUGUUUUCUUUGGUGAAGAGCUACCGAAAAGAUUCUACUUUUACUUGAAGGACAUGUUACAGACAGACAUGGUGCUCAUUCUUGGCACAUCUUUAGAGGUUCAGCCUUUUGCUGGUAUCAUUGACACAGUGAGGUGGACAGUACCCAGAGUCUUAUUUAACAGGAAUGCUGUUGGACCGUUUAAGCAUGGCAAGAGAGCCAAAGAUUUCGUAGCUGAAGGUGAUUUGUUGGAAAGUCUACAAAGUUUCGUCACUAUGGCUGGUAUGAAAGAAGAUAUGGUGGACUUGAUCACCCAGUCAGAGGGAACAUUUAGAUUAGCUGCUCCUCCUCCUCCUGUCGAGACCCCUCUCGCUGUAAGCAAGGCAGCAGGCUCCACACAAACAAACUCAGUACUAGCCGCCAUGUGGCGUCAAAAUGCAAGAGCUGAUUUGUAUUCAGACUCAGACUCCAGUGAGUCCUCAAACUCCUUAGAUUCAGACUCUGAUUCAUCAUCCAGUUCAGAAAAGCUUGCUGACAUUUCACAGAAAGCCAAGAAUGGGCCCAUUCAGCAAAUCAGAAGUGAGAACUCGCUGGACAAGGGUGGAGCCACCUCUGCCAAAAAGCCCCCAGUUGUAGGAGCUAAGCCUCCUACAGGGAAAAAUAGAAAUAAUUCCGCUAACAAUAAUUCAGGUCAAAGUAGAAACUUUUCCACUCUUCUUUCUCGGAGAAAAGAAAACGGUCAGCCACCAACUCCUGUACUGUCGAGGAAACCAGACAGUAGCCAGUGCGACACAACACCCCUCCGUGCCCCGGUGAGAAAAAAGCAGCUGGAAGCAACUUUAAAUAUUGACAGGAAGCCCCCUCCAGGAUCCCAUCCAACCAAGCCUAGAUCCCAUUCUGUUAACCAAGCCAUACCUGAAAAAGCCCAUGCCAAAAAAGUUGGAGGUUUUCGUUCUGUUAUUGACCGAGUGCGCUCAUCAAAACCCCCGGCUAAAUUAACCUACCAGCAUCGGCCGUCUCCAAAACCAGCUUACGAUGCACGCAUCCUUUCAUACAAUGCCAGUAUAUCAAGUAGUUCUGAUGAUGAUGACGAUGAUUAUCAUGAUGAAAUUGACGAUGACUCAACAUCUGAUGAUUCGAGAUAAACUUUUGCUGCUGCCAAAACCUUUUGUUCUGUGUUAAUUUUUUUUUUUUUUAGAUUUAAAAACUUUUGUAUGCAUUUAGUUCUAAUUAUUUCACAUUUUUUGGGUUAAGAUUGUGUAAUUAUGUUUUUUUUUAAUGACUAUCUAAUUUAUGUAAUUAACAGAUGUGCCAUUUGUUGACAUUAUUGAACUGUUGAGCUAUUGUGUCCGUGCGAUAAUUUUACAUUUUGAAGUCAAAUUGUGCCAUGUAAAAUAUUCAUGAACUACUCAUACAUUGAAUGUGAUAUAUCACUAUUUAAAAAUCAUUUUUACUUUUAUAUAGAGAGAUAAAUAUCAGCUGUAUUAUAUAAAAAAAACAACAACUAUUUUUCAGCCUUUAAAAGUUUGAUCCCAUGGUCAUGUCUUCAAGGAGACAAACUACUAAAAUUCUUUACAGUGUAACGUGAUUCCAAACUGGCUAGUUAUCAAAAUGAAGGUCUUUGAAGAGUUUCUUGAUUAAACUCAUGGCAUCAUAUCAUACGCUAGCAAUGGCCAUCAUUACAAUCAUGCAAGCCUAAAUCAAACUUAUACAGUUCGCAGUUUACGAUAUGUCGUUACAUUUUGUUUUGAUGUGUAUAUCUUCUUUUUGGCUCUACAAAAAAAAAACACCUUCUAGAAAAAGAAAUAAAAUUAAAUUCAUUUCUAAAAGUCAUUUCCUCACCUAGUACUUAAAUAUCAUUUCAAGCUAGUUUUUAUAUCAUUCAAAAUGAACUACUCCUUAAGCCAUUCUUUCUAGUGAAUUAAUCAUUUUGUCAAGUCCAUUGGAUGAAUUUGGACUUCUGCUAGACUCUCCAUUGUUUAAAAUUUAGCAAUAUUUUAUGAAGCUUCUGCUAGACUUUUGUUAUCAAACCUCUCCAUUAGAUAAAUUUGGACUAAUGUAAGACUCAUGUUAUCAUACCUCUGCAUUAGAUAAAUUUGGACUUAUGUAAGACUCAUGUUAUCAAACCUCUGCAUUAGAUAAAUUAUGUAAGACUCUCAUGUUAUCAAACCUCUGCAUUAGAUAAAUUUAGAACCUCUGUAGACUCUCAUGUUAUCAAAGCUCUACAUUGUUUAAAUUUAGAGCCUCUGCUAGACUCUCAUGUUAUUAAAGCUCUACAUUGUUUAAACUUAUUACAUUGUGAUGAGGAAUCUGCUAAAUUCUCAUGUUGUUAGACCUCUACCGAUACCAACUCUCCAUGAUGAUCUGCUAAACUCUUGUGUUGUAAGCCUUGACAAAGAAAAAGUAUUCAUAUAAUGCUGUGGUAAAAUGACUCUCAAUAUUGUGAUUUAUAAUGUAUACAGAAGGAGUUCACAUCGUGAGCUCAGUUUUAUUUAGUAUUCAAACGACUCUUUUUUUUUAUUACAUAAACAUGAAAUAUAUUCAAGUAUUUAUAUAUUUUAUUGAUGAACAAGUCUGUGACAAAUUUUUUCUAUAUAUUUGUAGUGAUAUUUUUAGUGUUGUACUAUUGUUUUUAAAUACACCUCUCACUGGUUUUACUGCAAGUCUCUUUAGAAAAUUAAUUUAAAAAAUGUUCCCAACCACAUUCUUUAGAAAACAAAAAAUGUUCCCAACCACAUUCUUUAGAAAUCAAAAAAUGUUCCCAACCACAUUCUUUAGAAAGCAAAAAAUGUUCCUAACCAUAUUCUUUAGAAAGCAAAAAAAAUGUUCCUAACCACAUUCUUUAGAAAGCAAAAAAUGUUCCCAACCACAUUCUUUAGAAAACAAAAAAUUUUCCCAACCACAUUCUUUAGAAAACAAAAAAUGUUCCCAACCACAUUCUUUAGAAAGCAAAAAAUGUUCCUAACCAUAUUCUUUA